AUGAUGCGAAUUCCCACAAGAGCAGUCAAAGACAGGGUUUUUGAAGUGUUGAGCAAAAUACUAGGAAUACUAACACAGGCCAAGCUGGACAAAUCAGAUUUGUCAGCCUCUCACGUAGCGACCUUUUACAAUGGACUGGCACUACACUGGAAGAACAUGGAGCAGGUUAUCUACAGGAACAUCCGAAAAGAUUCCAAAGAAUUUGGCAGAUGCUGGUCUCCAAGAGCCACUGAACAUCAAAACAGUAGCCCUGCACUAAUCUCUGUUCAGGAAGGGGGAUUCGGCGCCGCAAACCCGCUUUGUUAUCGGUCACAAUCCAACUUUUUUUUCACCCAGUCCGACUCUUAA